CUCGCCCGCACCAAACAACAACAACAACAGAAACUCCGUCCAAGCCGUUGCGCAGAUCGAUCGAUCCGUCCUUGCGUCGUCUCAUCGCCGCCGUCUCCGCUCGUGAAUCCUGUGCAAGGUUCUCUGCUUCUUCUCUGCGGAAGGCGGGAUCUUGCGCCGUCUGGUGCGGCCGGGCUCUCCGUCGCGUCGCCAGCCGCCGGCCGGGAUCUGCACCAAGAUUUCAAUAAGGAGGAAACAUCUUAGGGAAUGCAGAAAGAUGUGUUUGCAUGCUAGAGAUCUACCUUGCGAGGGAAUCAUCGGCAAGGUAGCGGCCCCUGCGUCCGCUUUGAUUGACCUUGAUGACACCGGUUCACAACACACGCAGCUCUUCCUCGAUGUGCUUCUGCACAAUGGGAUUCGACGUGGCAUCUCAGCCAUCAUCCUAGAUUACCAUCUCGGAGGGGACGGUUGAAUUCAUCUACCAUCCGCAGCAGGCUCCUUAAUUUGGAAGGUUCCGGUUCGCUGCUCUCUAGGGGAGGUAUCAUGGCAGACCAGAAGGGGAAUAUUCUGAUGAAGAAGUACGAGAUGGGGAAGAUGCUUGGGCAAGGCACCUUUGCAAAGGUUUACCACGCCCGAAACAUCGAGACCUCGCAGAGCGUCGCCAUCAAGGUGACCGACAAGGAGAAGGUUCUGAAGGGUGGGCUCACGGAUCAGAUCCAAAGGGAGAUUUCUGUGAUGAAGCUGGUGAAGCACCCAAACAUCGUUCAGAUGUAUGAGGUUAUGGCCACCAAAACGAAGAUAUACUUUGUGCUGGAGCACGUGAAGGGUGGUGAGCUGUUCAACAAGGUACAGAGAGGAAGGCUCAAGGAAGAUGCUGCGAGGAAGUACUUCCAGCAGCUCAUCUGCGCGGUUGACUACUGUCACAGCAGGGGCGUCUAUCACCGUGAUCUGAAGCCAGAGAAUCUUCUUCUUGAUGAGGACAGCAACCUCAAGAUUUCAGAUUUUGGCUUGAGCACUAUUUCUGAGUGCAAGAGGCAUGACGGGUUGCUCCACACAUCCUGUGGCACUCCUGCUUAUGUUGCUCCGGAGGUCAUCAAUAGGAAAGGCUAUGAUGGCGCCAAGGCCGACAUAUGGUCAUGCGGGGUGAUCCUCUUUGUGCUUUUGGCUGGGUAUCUCCCAUUCCAAGACAAGAAUCUCAUGACUAUGUAUAAGAAGAUUGGGAAAGCAGAAUUCAAAUGUCCGAGCUGGUUCUCCACAGAUAUUCGAAGGCUUCUGCUAAGGAUUCUUGAUCCUAACCCCAGUACAAGGGUAUCAAUUGAAAAAAUCAUGACACAUCCUUGGUUCAGGAAGGGUCUAGAUGCGAAGCUGCUCAGAUAUAAUUUGCAAGCAAGAGAUGCCAUUCCUGUUGACUUGACCGUGGCUGCAGAUUCAUUGAGCAGUAGCAACUCAACAUCAGAGUGCAAGCAGCAAGAAGCGAAAAAUCUCACCAAUCUGAAUGCCUUUGAUAUAAUAUCCCUUUCCACUGGACUUGACCUCUCUGGUCUGUUUGAGGAGUCUGAAAAGAAGAGCGAGUCCAAAUUCACAUCCACUAACACAGCUCCGAUGAUCGUGUCGAAGAUUGAGAAUAUUGCAAAGUCUUUGCGACUCAAGCUCACGAAGAAAGAUGGUGGCAUGUUGAAGAUGGAAGGUUCCCGGCCAGGAAGGAAAGGUGUGAUGGGUAUUGAUGCUGAGAUAUUCGAGGUUACACCUAACUUUCACCUUGUGGAGUUAAAGAAAACAAACGGUGAUACCUUGGAGUACCAGAAGGUCUUGAACCAAGACAUGAGGCCUGCACUGAAGGACAUAGUCUGGGCUUGGCAAGGCGAGCAACCCAGGCAGCAGCAGCAAUCAUGCUGAGAACUGUGACAAGUGCAACAUUUUGCAACUUGAGGCAAUUACCAGGCGUUCGUUUGUUCUGUAAUUCUUAUCCCUGUUUGUUGUUCGUUUAAUCGUUUCCUUUCCCCUUGUAAUGUCUGUAUAAACCUUUAUUACCAUCUUCUGAUGAAGAUUUAAUGGAAAGCAUGAUGUCUUCAGAACA